AUGCUGGCUGCAUCUGGGACACGAAUCCGGCUCUGGUUUGGACGGCUCCUGCCUGAAGGGCAGCUUGGUGUUCCAGUGCAGCGGCCUCUACGACCUGGCAUCCUGGCCUCUGCAGCACUGUCCUGCACUCAUCAGAACAGAAGCCCGGAACCACUUAACUCAGCUGAGAAGAUUCACAAAGUGCCUGGUGGCUACAAACCCUCACCAUUUGACAAGAAAAUCCUCUUGUGGACUAGGCGCUUCAAGACAGAAGAUGAAAUUCCUCCACGGAUCCCGAUGGAGACAAUGGAUGCUGCCAGAAAUAAAGCUCGAGUCAAGGGCUGUUACAUAAUGAUUGGGCUCACCAUUGUUGCCUGCUUUAUCGUGAUUGCGUCUGCUAAAAGAAAAGAAUAUAAAAUUUCUUUCAUGACUCAUGGGAUGGUUGGGAAUUUACAAGCUUGUACAGGACCAGGAGAAAUGAAGUCUGGGGUCUGCUGCAGCUAA